CUCGGCAUCUCGCAAGGGCACUCCUCUCUCUCUCUCUCUCUCUCUCUCUCUCUCUCGUUGCCCCUCUCUAUCGUCCGCGCCCCACUUCCCGAUUUCGAUUAGGGCGAUCAUUGAUCCCGUGUUUGGCGAAUCGAAGGUACUUCUACACAAUAUAGCCCAUCUUCUCAUGAGACAACUUAUCUAUUGAUGGCUGCAUGAUUGGUAGGAGAAAUGGAGCAUACAGAGGAUGAAUGCCGAAUUGUCAGUGAACAUCACAGUAAACAGAAUGAUGAAGAAAGCAUUGCACGCCUAGAGGAAUACAAAAAACAAAUUGAUGUGAAGACCACUCUUCGUCAAAGUAAUCUGAAUCCUGAAAGGCCCGAUUCGAGUUUUCUGAGGACAUUGGAUUCCAGUAUUAAACGUAAUACAGCGGUUAUUAAGAAGCUUAAGCAGAUUAAUGAGCAAUUGGAAGGUUUAUUGGACGAGGUGAAAAGUGUCAACUUGAGCAAAUUUGUUAGUGAGGCAGUGUCUGCCAUCUGUGAUGCCAAACUAAAAUCUUCUGAUAUACAAGCUGCUGUUCAGGUCUGCUCCUUGCUUCAUCAAAGAUACAAGGACUUCUCUCCUUGCCUUGUUCAGGGCCUCUUGAAAGUCUUCUUCCCUGGGAAAUCCGGAGAUGAUUUGGAUUCCGAUAAGAGCUUGAGAGCUAUGAAGAAGAGGAGCACUUUGAAACUUCUUAUGGAACUUUACUUUGUUGCAAUUGUUGAGGAUGCUAGCAUUUUUGUGAACAUCAUAAAAGAUCUAACUUCAUCGGAACAUCUAAAGGAUCGUGAGGCAACUCAGACGAAUCUGUCGCUUCUCACCAGUUUUGCUCGCCAAGGCAAAUACUUCUUGGGGAUUCAGCAGCCAGGACAAGAAGUUCAUGAUGAGUUCUUCAAGGGCCUAAAUGUCACUGGAGAUCAAAAGAAAUUCUUCAAGAAAGCCUUAAACUCAUACUAUGAUGCUGUAGCUGAACUCCUCCAAUCUGAGCAUGCUUCCCUUCGGGUAAUGGAAAUCGAGAAUGCGAAGAUCUUGAGUGCUAAAGGUGAACUCAGUGAUGAGAACACAGCCUCAUAUGAGAAGCUUCGGAAGACUUAUGAUCACUUACUACGUGGCGUCUCUUCUUUAGCUGAGGCCCUUGAUAUGCAACCGCCUGUAAUGCCUGAUGAUGGGCACACAACCAGGCUUACCACUGGAUCUGAUUCAUCCUCUUCUACUUCUGGGAAGGAAACCUCCACACUUGAACCACUCUGGGAUGAUGAAGAUACAAAGGCUUUUUAUGAAUCCUUACCUGAUCUAAGAGCAUUUGUUCCUGCUGUAUUACUGGGAGAAACUGAACCAAAGUUGAAUGAGCAACAAGCUAAGGGACAGGAGCAACAGAAUGAAUCUUCUGCGGAUGUGGACAUGGAAGUGCAUGAUAAUGCUGAAGCUUCUGCUGAGUCUGAAUCGCCAGGGGAGGUGAAAGCAGAUGAGAAAGGCAAGGAUAGAGAAAACAAAGAUAAGGAAAAGACAAAAGAUUCUGAGAAGGAAAAAUCUAAAGAAAAGGAGACAGAAAGAAAAGGAGAGAGUGACAAGGAUAAAGUAAAAGGCCAUGAUGGAACAAGCUUGGAUAAUCUGUUACAGAGGCUUCCGGGUUGUGUAGGCCGUGAUCUUAUUGAUCAGCUGACGGUGGAAUUUUGCUACUUAAACUCAAAAGCAAACCGGAAGAAACUUGUGCGUGCCUUGUUUAAUGUCCCAAGGACUUCCUUGGAACUAUUGCCUUACUAUUCCCGGAUGGUUGCUACAUUGUCAACAUGUAUGAAAGAUGUUCCGAGUUUGCUGUUGUCAAUGUUGGAAGAAGAGUUUAAUUAUCUGAUAAAUAAGAAGGAUCAGACCAACAUUGAAACAAAGAUAAAGAACAUAAGGUUUAUUGGAGAGCUAUGCAAGUUCAGAAUGGCCCCUCCAGGUCUUGUUUUUAGCUGCUUGAAGGCAUGCCUAGAUGAUUUCACCCAUCAUAAUAUUGAUGUCGCUUGCAACCUUCUUGAGACGUGUGGGCGCUUUCUUUAUCGGUCGCCAGAAACUACAAUACGAAUGGCAAACAUGUUAGAAAUAUUGAUGCGCUUGAAAAAUGUCAAGAACUUGGAUCCACGUCACAGUACACUGGUAGAGAAUGCUUACUACUUGUGCAAACCACCGGAAAGAUCUGCUCGGGUUUCUAAAGUCCGCCCUCCGUUGCAUCAGUACAUAAGGAAACUACUUUUCUCGGACCUUGACAAGUCCACUGUUGAGAAUGUUCUUCGUCAGCUGCGCAAGUUACCUUGGGCAGAAUGUGAGCAGUAUCUGGUGAAGUGCUUUCUGAAGGUUCACAGGGGAAAGUACAGCCAAGUACAUCUGAUUGCUCUCCUCACUGCUGGACUCGGUCGCUAUCAUGAUGACUUUGCAGUAGCUAUAGUUGAUGAGGUUCUAGAGGAGAUUAGAGUUGGUCUGGAAUUAAAUGACUACAGUAUGCAGCAAAGACGCCUUGCUCAUAUGCGGUUCUUAGGGGAAUUGUACAACUACGAGCAUAUUGAUUCAUCAGUCAUAUUUGAAACACUCUACUUGAUUAUUGGUUUUGGAUACGGAACUCCAGAACAAGAUACGCUGGAUCCACCAGAAGAUUGUUUCAGGAUCAGGAUGAUAAUAAUGCUCCUCCAUACAUGCGGUCAUUAUUUUGAUAGAGGCUCUUCCAAAAGAAAACUUGAUAGAUUUCUGAUCUAUUUCCAAAGAUACGUUCUUAGCAAGGGUCCGAUCCCCCUUGAUAUCGAGUUCGACAUUCAGGACAUGUUUGCUGAGUUACGGCCGUACAUGACUCGCUAUUCAUCAAUUGAAGAAGUCAAUGCUGCACUAAUCGAACUCGAAGAAAACGAGCGUGUGGCCUUAACUGAGAAAACUAGCAGUGAGAAGUACUCGGAUAGUGAAUCCCAUAAACCUAAGUCUUCAUCAGCUUUUACUGCCGGUUCAGCUAAUGGCAAGAGCACAGCCAACGGUGUUGAUGAAAAUGGUGAGGGCCAUGACGAAGCAGCAGAGAGCGAGAGCUAUUCAGACAGUGGGAGCGUUGAUCACGAUGGACAUGAAGCUGAUGAAGAGCUACUAUACGAAGAAAAAAGUGAUGAUGGGUCCGAAAGUGAAGACGAUGAAGAUGAUGAUGGCGGACCCCUUGGUACUGAUGAGGAGGAUAGUGUGCAGGUGAGGCAGAAGUUGGUAGAAAUUGAUCCAAAAGAGGAAGAAGAGUUUGACCGUGAAUUGCGGGCCUUAGUGCAGGAGAGCUUGGAGUCGCGAAAAGUAGAGUUGCGGGCGAAGCCCACUAUUAAUAUGAUGAUUCCUAUGAACGUUUUUGAGGGGCCAGGUAAAGAUCCGAAGAUUGUUGAGGGGGAGAGUGGAGAAGAUACGGUUGAUGAAGAGGGCGGGAGCGUGGGAGGUAGUAACAAAGUUCGCGUCAAAGUCAUCGUGAAGAGGGGGAAUAAGCAACAAACAAAGCAGAUGUUUAUACCCCAGGAUUGUUCGCUUGUUCAGGGAACGAAACAAAAGGAAAUGGCAGAGCUGGAGGAGAAACAAAGUAUUAAAAGGAGGAUUCUGGAGUACAAUGAAAGGGAGGAAGAAGAAUCAAAUGGGGUUUUGCCACAAUCCGGGGGUUGGGCUCAGGCUGGGAGUAGCGGUAGUAGUAGUGGUGGAAGGCCUGCAGGCCGGGGCAGUUGGGAUGGGUCGAGUCGGAUGGGAGGCGCACGUCCGCGCCAAUAUUCAUCCGCUGGGUUCUAUCAAGGGUACGGCAGGAGGAGGUGAUUUGUAAGUUUGGAAACUACUCUCUUGAGUUGAGGAAAUGACUCUGGUGGUAUGGUAAAAGGAAUUUAUGAAACUACUCUCUUGAGUUGAGGAAAUGACUCUGGUGGUAUGGUUAAAGGAAUUUACUACAAUAAAUAUCUACAUAUUUCAAGACAGAAUGGUUUCAUCAGCCUAGCAAGAAACCAAAGCAAAGCCAUCGUAACGUUGAGUAGUGGAAGCUUUCGCCUGUUUCUUUUGCUCUUGUAAGAAAGCCCGGUGGUACUUAUGCCGGCGUCAGAGAUUGCGGUUGUUACUGUACAUAGGAGCUACCAAUAGAAUGUGCUGUAAUGUAGGGAAAUGGAGGAACAAAGUUGAGACCUUUCUCUUUCACCUGAAAUUGUUCUAAUGUGCAAUUUAUUCUGCUGUGUGGUGGAUGGUGGUUUCUGCCUUCUUGUAGGAUGCUUAUAUGCUGUGAUAAAUCCUAGUGUUGAUUAAAGUUAUUUAAGCACGGUUAUCAAGUCUAAUCUAUGUAGUCUUUGUAUAUUUAUGCA